CUAUCGGAUUAGGCCUCAUACAUAUUUCUACUUGGACUCAGUUUGUAGAUAAAAAUAAAAUAUUUCAUUGAUUCUCCUUCCACUAUCUAUUCUUUGUGCAGAGCAGUGAAUCAGAAUUUGCAGAGCUAAACAACGCUAGAUUCCUCCGGUGACCAUACUCUACACUGCACUACAACAGGCUCAUGGCUCUGCAGGUAUUAAUUAAUGUGCAUUCGCCAUAAGCGACGUCGGUUUGAUACGUGUGAAUGAGUUUCGAUAUUGAAAUGCAGGAAGAAGGCUGGCCGCUUGGGUUAAGACCGGUGAAUGAGAGAGUUGCGUUGGUCCGAAAUGGCGAGUUUAACGGAUCUUUAUCGUCUACUACUUUGCUUACUGCCUCUUCUCCUCCAAGCUCCACCACUGAUGACUCUUCCUCAGAUCUUGAUACUCAGUCAACCGGAUCAUUCUUCCACGACAAGAGCAUCACCCUCGGUAGCCUCAUCGGAGUAAGUAGCGAUAAUGUUUCCGAGCUCUCGAGAAGAUCAAGUAGAACAAGAAGAAGAAGAAGAAGGGCAGACCAAACUUUUAACGAUCAAAAGAUGAAUAACAAACCUAAUUGUUUAUUCUGGUUAUGCUCAAAGCUAAGCAGUAGUGACGCUGUUAACACUAACGCAGCUUCACUCAGUCAUUUUCUUCAAGAGGAAAGAAGAGCUGCAGCCAACAACGUUAACAGAACUGGCGGAGUUAGUGAUUUUUGUCCGUUAAAUUCAGUAUCAAUUGAGGCAGAUGGGAAUGGGUAUGGACUUCCAUUUCUGUUUUCAUGCUUCUGUCCGCAACUAACUCAUUGAAUCUUUACUUCUUUUUCAUUAUUUCUUGGAUAUUUUAAUCACUCAAUUCACUUUAAUUUGCAUUGA